UAUAGGGUCUGUAAGUCUCGUUUGGUUUCACUUUCGCUUUACCACUUCCGGGUACCUCUACUCGGUAAACAAAUAGAGAAAUAAUAUGGUAUAUUGUUUUGCCAUCGGUUGCACACACAAGACCGGUAAAAAGUUGCAGUGCAAUUUAUACCGAUUUCCGACCGACGUCAGGGAAAGGAAACGAUGGGUUGAACGAUGUAGGAGAGCAGACAGAGAUUAUAAUCCAAAUGACAGGAUUUGCAGCUGCCAUUUUCUCGAUGGCAAGAAAGAGAAUGGACCAACUAUAUUCAGUUAUAGUAAAAACUUUGGAUGUUUUCCAGAUGUAGCCAUACCAAAAAGACGCAAAAUUAUGAAACCUGCUGUAGAGGAAAUAUCUGCUUCAAACAUAGAUGUGGGAGCUGAGGCUGAAGUUGAGGCCAAUUCCAAUAUUACUGUACCAGACAGCAUAACUGUACUUCAUGAUCACGAGUAUGCAACUUCAAGUCCUCAACAUAAUAAAGCAUCCCUUAAACAUAUGGAAGAGGAAUUAGUAAAGUUGCAGCAAGAAAUUAACAUGCUGAAGCUUAAAAAACCGUCCAUGACAAUUGGGAACAUAAUUAAUGACCCUGAAAAGAUGCUGCUGUAUACAUCAUUUUCUGCAGAUACCUUUUACAUUUUGGAGAACCUCGUGGAGAGAAUGGGCCCGUUCAAUUAUUAUGGUGGUUGGACUGUGGUGAACUUUAGUGUCAGCGAUCAGUUGUUGAUGACAUUAAUGAAGUUACGACUCAACUGCAGGGACCUUGAUUUAGCAGAGAGGUUCAACACUAGUCGUGCUACUGUGUCCAAUAUUAUCAACACAUUUGUGCAUGCCCUGCAUGAAAUUUUGUUUGAAGGGGUCAUGAAAGCUGUCGGAAUACCAAGUCAACUGAAAUGCCAAGGAUCCAUGCCAAAGUCAUUUGAAGAAUUUUCAUCGGCUAGAAUUGCAAUGGACGCCACAGAAGUGACACAAGACAUCCCAACAGAUAUGAAUAGCCAGUCACUGGCAUACAGUAACUACAAGAGUCGCCACACAGUAAAGGCUUUAACUUGUGUUGCACCUAAUGCUGCUCUUGUGUUCUGUUCCGAUCUUUAUCCUGGAUCAACCUCAGACUCCGCAAUAGUGGACCAUUGUGGCAUAUUAGAGAAGCUGCAAGCUGGUGAUAUGAUCCUGGCUGACAAAGGAUUCAACAUUUUUGACAAACUUCCAAAUGGUGUCACCCUAAAUAUCCCGCCUUUCCUCACUAGCAAAUCACAUUUCACUAAGGAAGAAGCUCAACUGUGCUAUAAAAUAGGCAGAAGCAGAAUCCAUGUGGAGCGGGCAAAUGAAAGAAUAAAGAACUUUGAAAUUCUGAGCCAUAUUCCGUCACAGUAUAGACACCUAUCCACUAAAAUAUUUUAACUUUGUGUGGCCCUUGUUAAUUUACAGGCUCCCCUUUUGAAAGAGAUUGCAGAAAAGUAUGACAUUGAAGAACCUAUUCAGUAGGUCAAUGCUUAUGUUAAUAAAUGCAUAUCUAGAAUUUGCAACCCUCUAGUUAACACAGUGUACUAUAUUUUCUAUGCAUAUGUACAUGUGAGAUAAUAAAGUUAAGAUUCUUUGUUUAAUUAAUUCUAUUGGUAUAGCAUCGUCGCAAACAAAAGCCAAUAUGUACAUCAUGUCAUAAGAAAAAAACUAUGCAAACUCUGUAUCGUGGCUUGUGGUUUGAUUAACAAAAGUUACUGAACCAUU